GGCCAUGGCCGACGCGGCGAAGCGGGCGCGGUGCGUCUCCCCCGCGUCUCCCCCGGGCGCCCUGCCUGUUUUCCUGCGCUGGUGCGCGGCGGCCGGCGUGGAGUUGAGCGCCAAGGUCGGCGUGAGCCGUGAGGGCACCGUGGCCGCCUACGGGCUGCUGGCCAGGGAGAGCCUGGGCGCCGGCGAAGAGCUUUUCCGCGUCCCCAGGACGGCGCUCCUGUCCCAGCACACCAGCGCCCUCGCCCCGCUCCUGCGGAAAGAAGAAGCCUCCCUUCAGAGCGCCUCCGGCUGGGUCCCUCUCCUGAUUUCUCUCCUCUACGAAUCCACAGUUAGCAAUUCCCGUUGGGGGCCUUAUUUGUCUCUUUGGCCCCAGUUCACUGAUUCGGAUCACCCCAUGUUCUGGGGUCCUGAAGAGCGGGCGCGGCUUCUGCAAGGGACAGGAGUCCUUGAAGCUGUGGAGAAAGACUUGGCCAAUAUUGAGAUGGAGUAUUCCUCUAUCAUCUUGCCCUUCCUGAAGGCCCACCCAGAUCUCUUCAACCCAAAGAUGCACACGCUCGAUCUCUAUCGGAGGCUGGUGGCAUUUGUCAUGGCUUACAGUUUCCAAGAACCUCUGAAUGAGGAAGAAGAGGAGGAAGAACCUAAUCCUCCAGUGAUGGUGCCCCUGGCAGAUCUUCUAAAUCACGUAGCCCUCCACAAUGCCAACUUGGAAUAUUCUUCGGAGUCCUUGAAAAUGGUCACCACUCGGCCUGUCCACAAAGGCCAGGAGAUCUUCAACACCUAUGGAGAAAUGGCCAACUGGCAGCUCCUUCACAUGUACGGCUUUGCUGAGGCCUACCCUGGCAAUACCAACGACACUGCUGACAUCCAGAUGUCAACGCUGCUGAAAGCUGCGCUUCAAGCCACAGAUACAGACAUGGAAGAGAAACUGGUCCUGGACCAAUGGGACUUCCUUUGCCGUCAGGAAAUGGUGGGUGAGGAAGGGGCUUUUGUGAUUGGCUGGGAGAGAGUUUUCACUGAAGAGGAGCUCUCGGUGACAUUACAGGUGCUGACCAUGUCUGUGGAGGAAUUCAAGGAGUUUAAAGACCAAGAGGCCAAGACUGAUGGAAAAGGGACCACUUGCUUCAUCCAGUCAGUUACUAUGAUACCCAACCUGAGUGCUGCUCAGAAGAAGCUUCUCUUUGAUGCCACAGUAUUAACGCUGAAGGCUUUCUCCUCUGGCUUGAAGGAGGAGGAAACAAUGCUGGGAGACCUGCAGGCUUAUUUGAAAUUAAGCCGCCGGGAACAAUUUGCCCUCCAAGUGCGAUAUGGCCAGAAGAAAAUUCUGCAUCAAUUACUUGAGCUGACAAAGUAGCUGCUGCUGCUGGAGGGUGGCAAUCUUUGGGCCUAAAUGCCAGAACGAGGCUUCUAAGCAGAUGGAGGCUGUUUUCAUAGGCUAUAAAAAUGAAUUCCAUGGAUGGAGUUGGUUUCCUCAAGGACCUAAUGGUUCAGACUUGUCUUCAGAAGAAAGCUGUUUGGUCCAUCUAUGUCUACCGUAGAAGCAAAGUCAACAACCUUUAAGAGGACACCUCUGAAUAGCUUUGUGGGCCAUCAGCAUAUUUUGGUGACGUUCAUUCACAAGAAUUAAAGGUGCUUGUGAUUGGAAUGUCACAAAGAUGUUUUGUCAUAGCAUGGAAUAGUUUGGCAGGUUAAAUUCUUAAAGGAAAUUUGACAUACAAUAAACAUUUUACUAUAAG